AUGGUAACCGACGUCCAAAAUUACGUAAAAGCUUGUGAAAUUUGUAAAGGCAACAAAACACAAAACGCCUUCCAUAAGCCCCUAAUGGGCAAACAACGCGUCACUGAAAGGCCUUUUCAACGUUUAUUCAUUGACUUCAUGGGUCCCUAUCCCCGCACGAGUUGUGGAAAUGUCUAUGUGUUUGUGUGCUUAGACCACUUCUCGAAGUUUGUAUCCUUAAAACCUACGAGAAAAGCCACUGCUGCCGAGGUUAUUAAGUUUUUAGAGAAUGAAGUGUUCCAUAUUUUUGGAGUGCCCGAAUAUGUCCACUCGGACAACGGGAAACAAUUUGUCGCGGACAUAUUUAGCCAGUUCCUGGAAAAGUAUGGUGCGCAGCAUAUUAGAACCGCAUUCUAUUCACCGCAAGCCAACGCAGCAGAAAGAGUUAACCGUUCGGUGCUACAAACCGUGAGGUCGUAUAUUAAGGGACAAAAGAAUUGGGAUAAGCACCUUAGCGAUGCCGCUUUCGCUCUCCGCAGUGCUGUGCAUUCUGCGAUUAAUGACACACCGUAUCAUGCAGUCUUCGGUAUGCCUAUGAUACAGCAUGCUGCAUCACACGAGCUAUAUCGAAGACUUUACGCUGUUAGAGAUGCGGACUGCGAGGUCGAAAUGCUAGCAGAUAAAACGCAGCUUAUCCGAAAUAAGAUAAUGAAGGAAUUAAAGUUAGCUCAUGAACGAAGUAAGAAGACCUACAAUACGAGAAGUCGAGAAGUGAAGUUUCAAAUUGGAUAA